CGUUAAUCUACUCCGGCGGUGGCCAUUCUUCAUUCUUCAUUCUUCAUUCUUUCUUCUCAACGUCUUUUUCUUUCCUCUUUCUUCUCCAAGUACUUCCGCUUUUGCUCAUCUUCUUCUUGAUCUCAUCCCUUUUAUCUUCUUGGAUAUACUUAGCACUUUUUCUUCUGAUCAAUCUCACACGACCUGUUCUACCUCUGACAAUUUUCGAACGUUCCACACUUCGACCGACAGCAAGCCACCCCGCAAUUAUUGGUUUCGCUCCGUUUCAAUUGAACCAGCUAUCCUGGUGUUCAUUUCUAUCGUGAUUGUCACUCGGAUUCUCCGGCUUAUUCCUCAUUUCCGUCGUUCGUCGUUAUCUCCCCCCCGCCUAGACGAUGAGUUCGUCCCAGCCCAACCAUCGGCGGGUCACCUCCCUCGACCCGUUCUCGAAUCCGGACGUUUAUUAUGGCGACCCGGAUGCCUUGGCCCACAUCAAAGACCGUAGGCGUGCUUAUUCCACGACCAUGAAACCAUUCAACCGGGAGGAUCUUCAGGACUUUAUCGGCGGGGUCCCGUCGAGAAGAGGCAGUCAUGACGAGCAGCCCGCCGAACCCCGUAAAUUCUUAAUCGACGUUGAUGAAACCCUUCACAGUCUGUUGCAGCGGGAGGAUACCGACAACAACAUGCAAAUUACAAUCGAGGAUGUGGGGCCCAAGGUCUUCUCCCUAGGAACCGUCAAGUCAUCCGGAUACAAUCGAUUCGACGUGCGGGGAACGUACAUGCUCUCAAAUCUGUUGCAGGAAUUGACCAUCGCCAAGGACUACGGGAGGAAGACUGUGGUGUUGGACGAGGCGCGGUUGAGUGAGAACCCCGUCUCCCGUCUCUCGCGUCUGAUCAAGAACUCGUUUUGGAACGCCCUAACCCGGCGUAUCGAUGGCUCCAACAUCGAGGUGGCUGGUCGCGACCCCAAGGACUGGACGGACGACCCCCGUCCGCGGAUCUACAUCCCACCGGGAGCUCCUGAACAAUUCGAGUACUACAAAGGGAUCGCCGAGGCGCACCCAGACCUGCGCUUAGACGUCCAGCUGCUGGAAGAUAUCACUCCUGAAUAUGUCAAGGAUCUCAAUGACAAGCCUGGUCUGCUCGCGCUGGCCAUGGAGAAGAAGUUUAACGAGUCCACCAAGAAGACCGAGUAUUCCGGCGUCCCGUUUGUCGUCCCGGGUGGCCGGUUCAACGAGCUGUACGGGUGGGACAGUUACAUGGUGUCCCUCGGCCUGUUGGUCAGCGAUCGUGUGGACCUGGCCAAAGCCAUGGUAGUCAACUUCUGCUUCGAGAUCAAGCACUACGCGAAGAUCUUGAAUGCCAACCGGUCAUACUACCUUACCCGGUCCCAGCCGCCUUUCCUGACCGACAUGGCAUUGCGAGUGUAUGAGCGGAUUAAGGGGGAGCCCGACGCACUAGAAUUUCUUCGAAACGCAACCCUGGCUGCGAUCAAGGAGUAUUACAGUAUCUGGGCCGCCGAGCCGCGAUAUGAUCCGGUGUCGGGGCUGUCCCGGUACCGACCCGAGGGGUGGGGCGUACCCCCGGAGACGGAGCCGUCGCAUUUCACCCAUAUCCUGACGCCGUACGCCGAAAAGCAUGGCAUGGGGUUCAAGGAAUUUGUCGAGGCAUACAACCAUCGCGAGGUCGUCGAGCCGGAACUCGACGAAUAUUUCCUGCACGACCGAGCGGUCCGGGAGUCCGGCCACGACACCAGCUACCGGCUGGAGCGGGUGUGUGCCAAUCUCGGCACGGUCGACUUGAACUCCCUCUUAUAUAAAUACGAAGUCGACAUCGCCCGAUGCAUCCGGACCUACUUCAAAGACCGACUCGACAUCCCGCACGAAUUUCGCACCCCGCAGAGCAAAGACAUCGAGUAUGAGUCCUCGUCCGUGUGGGACCGUCGGGCGCGACGCCGCAAGAUGCGCAUGGACUCCUACAUGUGGGACGAAGAGAAGGGGAUGUACUUCGACUACGACACGGUCAAGAGGGAGCGCACCUCGUACGAGUCCGCCACGACCUUCUGGGCGAUGUGGGCUGGUCUCGCCACGCCGCAACAGGCCGCCGACCUCGUCAGGAAGGGCCUCCCCCGCUUCGAGGCCUACGGCGGGUUAGUCUCGGGGACGGAAGAGUCUCGGGGACCGGUCGGCAUCGAACGUCCCAACCGCCAGUGGGAUUACCCGUACGGAUGGGCCCCGCAGCAGAUGCUCGCGUGGACGGGUCUCCUCCGGUAUGGAUAUCGGGAGGAAGCAGAGCGUCUCGCGUACAAGUGGUUAUACAUGAUCACGAAGGCGUUCGUCGACUUCAACGGUGUAGUUGUGGAGAAGUAUGACGUCACGCGGCCCAUUGAUCCGCACAGGGUGGACGCAGAGUAUGGAAACCAGGGUGUCGAUUUCAAGGGUGCACCACGCGAGGGAUUCGGCUGGGUCAACGCCAGUUUCGUCUACGGGUUGGAUUUCCUGAACGCGCACCAGCGCCGCUCCCUCGGCACCACAACCCCGUACGAGACGUUCUUCAACGCCUUGACGACCCAGGACCUGAAAGACAAAUGAUCGUCUAGUCAAUUAGGCGAACGGUUGCAAGCGGUUUUGAAAACUUAGCUUUUGGAUUUUCUCCUUUUCUUUCUUUUCUUGUUAUGAUUCCUGACCCUCGUCUGGUCUGAUCUUCGCACGUUUUCCUUUUUAGCUUUUUUGGGUAGAAAAAUGAUGAAAACUGGGGUUAAAGGGACGCGCUGAAUUUGAGAUUUUCAGUUCAAUAUACAUCUAGUUCGGAUUUGGAGCGAGUACAGCUUGUGAGGUUGAACCGGUAGCUAAGCACUUGAAAUAAU